AUAUCAUAUAAUAUAUAAAGAUGUUCAAUAUUAGAAGAAUCUUAAAUAGAGGUAGCACUCUUACAAAGACUGUUUCUAGAAAAUUCAGUACUGGUGGUGGAGGACCAAAUCUGAAUAAUAUGGCUAGAACUGCAAAUAUGACCUUAUUUGGAAUAGGAUCAGCAGGACUUAUAUAUAUGAUCUACAAAUCCAGAGCUAAUAUUCCACGUCAGGCUCCUCUUAAUGCUUCUCAUCAGGAAGUAAUGGCUUCCCAGAAUACUAUUGCUCAACCAAGAGUUACUCAAGGAUUAAUCAAUCCAGUAGUUGAAUCAAGAGUUCAGAAUGCUCUUGCUUAUUUCUGUGGAGGACUCGGCUUAACUGGUCUCUCUGUUGCAUUGUUCAGAAACACAACCUUGGCUUAUGCCAAUCCUUUCUUGCUGUUCAUUCCAGCAAUUGCUGCCAUGAUUGGAACUCAGUACUUGAACUACCACACUCAAUCAAUCCCAAAGCACUUAACUUGGGGAGCUUUCUGUGGACUAGAGGGUCUUAUGCUUGCUCCACUUAUUAACAUGGCUGGCAUGCCAAUAGUAUUCAACGCUUUGGCUGCUACUGGAGCAAUGAUGGGAGCUCUUGGUGCUUACGCUUACAACACCCCAACUAAAGACUUCCUCUCAAUGGGUGGAGCUUUGUCAAUAGGACUCUGCGGACUUAUUGGAGUCUCAUUCGUCAACAUGUUUUGGCCUUCUCCUCUCUUAAUGUCCCUUUCCCUUUAUGGUGGACUCCUUCUCUUCGGAGGAUUUGUAAUGUAUGACACACAAAAGUUGAUCCACAACGCUAGCACAAAGCCAUCAUGGGACCCAAUCAACGAGAGUAUUGGAAUCUACCUUGAUGCAAUCAUCAUCUUCCAGAAAUUCUUGAUAAUCUUCAUGAACAACAAAAAGAAGAAGUAA